UGUUCAAUCCUCGUGGCCUUUUUUCUAUCUUUUCCUCGUGAUUUUUAUGUUCGUAAUUUUACAAAUAUUGGAAAAUACUUAUGUAUGUGGACAGAUGGAAGAAAUUAAAAUAAAGAUCGGGGAAUGUUUGUUAAAAUAUGUAUUUUCCAUUAGGAUAUACAUAGUUAUAUUUAUCGACGAUGAUUCAACAAGUCAGCAUAAAAGCAUUCCCUCUGAUCACUUCUAG